AUGGCAAAGAAAAAAUAAUAAAUUGAAGUGGUAGAAUUUACAGAGGCUGAAAAGAAGGCACUUGAGAAAUUGUAAAUGUUUUGAUUAAAAAUUAACUAGAGAUCAUUCUCAUCUAUUGAUAGAAAUUUAAGUUUUGUAAGAUAGAAUAGAGGAGUUAUAGAAAAAGAUUUACGAUUUAAAUGAAAAUAUUAGAAAGUCUAAUGAAUAAAAUGUAUAAAGUUUAUAGAAUUAUGUUUAGUUGGCUUUGACCUUAAAAAUGGAAUCUGAUAUAAUAAAAAAAGAGAGUGAAUAUAAUGCGUUGUUAUAGUAAUAUGAGGACUUAAAAAAAUAAACAACAGAAGAAAUAGAGAGUAUGAUAUAGAGAAAGGAUGAAAAAAUUAGAUGUAAUUUUGUUAUUGGAUUGAGUAGAUUUGGAAAAAGAAAAAACAGAGUUAGAAAUUAGACAUAAAGAUGAAUUAUAAAAAAUAAAUGAAGAAUUAAAGAAAUGGAGUUAAUUUAAAGUAAAUUUGACACAAUAUUAAGGAAGAAAAAGAAAAUUUGAUAAAAGAAAUACAUGAUUUAAAAGAGGAAAUGAUUAAAAAAGAUUAUGCUCAUUUAGAUGAAUAAAGCAAAGCAAAUAAAAAUUUUCUUAAAUAAACAUAAAAUUUGACAAAUGUAAAUAAUGCUAAGAUUGAAGAUGUUUAAAGAAAUGCAAAUAAAUUAGCAGAAGAAAAAGUAGCUGCUAAAUAUGAUGGGAUAUUAAAAGAAAAUGAAAAAAUAAAGAGUGAAUUAUUAGAAUAUUAAAGAACAUUACAAAUAUAUUAAAAAGAUAAAGAAACUUUCUAAUAAGAAAAUGUUAAUUAUAAAUUAAAUCUAAGUAUAAAAGAAGAAUAAGCUUAAGAGUAUAUUAUUAUUAUAUAUAUAUCUUUAGGUAUUAAAUGAUGAAUCAUUAAUAAACAAUAAAAAUAAAAUAAUUAAAAGAAAGAAUUGAGUAUUUAAAAUCUUACAUUGCUAAUGUAAUAAUUUUUAAUGUAUUAUAAUUAGGAAGUUACUAAAUAAACAAAGGAAAUUGAAAUUAUGAAACAUUAAAGUAAUACAAAAGUGUAGGAAUUAGAAAUGCAAUUGAGAAACUUAAGACAUCUUCUUGAUUAAAGAACUAAAGAAUUGAAGACAGUAAAGGCUUUAGCCUAAAUGAUUUUAGAUCAACGAUCAGAUAUUGAAUAAUUUUUCCUAUAAGCAAUAGAUCAAGUCAAAAAUGAAAUCAAAAAAAAGAACAAAAAUCAAAAAAAUAGUCGCUUACCUGAUAUAUCAUAAAAAUCUCAAAGUCUAGAAUAAAAUAAAGUUGAUAUUAAUGAUUUAGAUUUAGAAGAGAAGGAAAAGUUAUUGAGAAUUCUUUUUUCAAAAAUGAAUCAAGGAGUUCCACCAAUAAAUUGGAAAUCUUAACUUAGUCAUGUAUUUAAAAUUAAUAUAAAAAUUAUAGAGUAAAUCUUAAGUAGAUGCCAGUUCAUUUAGGGAUAACCAAUAUCAAUGAUUGUUA